AUGAAUGGAACCGAGGCUCGAUUGCAUGUCUCUUGGAAAGAUGGAGACUUCAUAUAUACGCAAAAGAUCAAGACGUUCAUUCUCCAGCGACCUGAAGAGUUCCUCGAGUUCCGCAGAUUCGUCCGGAAUAUUAUCGAUUGGGGACGGGAUGAGCGCUUGGAGUGUAUAAAGUCCGGUCUUGAUGUUUUGAUCGAGGAAAGGGAGAUGGCGCUCCUGCAGAACAAACUUUCUCGUCCGAGAUCCAAGUCCGGGGGUAGCGCAAUCCGCCUACAACCAUACUAG